CGUGGCUCGUGAUUGGCCAGCUAAGUGAAGGAAGGCGCUGAUUGGUCGCGGAGGAAAGCCGGGGCCUUGUGUCUUAGCGGAGCUCCAUUUCCGGCGCCAUGAAUGUGGCGGGCGGCCCAGGCCUGGCCGGGGGAGGGAUGGGCCGAAUGCCCACCAAACGCCGCCUCCCCGCCGCCUCAGACCCGCACCGGCUUUUCGAGGACACCAGCGCCGCCUCCUCCUCCGGGACCCUCCCUCCUGGAAGCAACAGCACCGGCGGCGCUCCCUCCUCUUCUCUGGCUCCUCAGGGGCCCUUCUUGCCUGACCCGGUCUCCAGUUUCGCCGCGGCCUACGGGAGCAGCCUCGCCUCGCAGGGCAAGGAGCUGGUGGACCGGAACAUCGAUCGCUUCAUCCCUGUGACCAAACUGAAGUAUUACUUUGCUGUGGACACUGUCUAUGUGGGCAAGAAACUGGGACUGCUUCUCUUUCCGUUCCUGCACCAGGACUGGCAGGUUCAGUACCAGCAGGACACCCCUGUGGCCCCACGCUUUGACAUCAAUGCCCCGGACCUCUACAUUCCAGUCAUGGCGUUCAUCACCUACAUUCUGGUGGCAGGCCUGGCAUUGGGAACACAGAAUAGAUUCUCCCCUGACUUGCUGGGCUUGCAGGCAAGCUCAGCCCUGGCUUGGCUCAUUGUUGAGGUGCUGGCCAUCCUCCUCAGCCUCUACCUCGUGACGGUCAACACAGAUUUGUCUACAGUCGACUUGGUCGCCUUCUCGGGUUACAAGUAUGUUGGGAUGAUUGUGGGCCUUUUAGCCGGACUGCUUUUUGGGAAGAUGGGUUACUACCUGCUGCUGAGCUGGUGCUGCAUCACGAUUGUUGUCUUUAUGAUCCGGACCCUGCGGCUGAAGAUAUUGUCUGAAGCAGCUGCAGAAGGGGUCUUAGUGCGGGGCGCCAAAAACCAGCUGCGCAUGUACCUGACCAUGGCGGUGGCUGGCCUGCAGCCUCUUCUCAUGUACUGGCUGACCUUCCACCUUGUUCACUGAUGGCUCCCAGGCUACAGCUGGCCAAGUCUUCCUCUACAAGUAGCCAGCUGAGUGGCCCACUCACUGGUCACUGUACCAAACACACUGGGAAUAGAGACAGUUGUGAGCAACUGCUGCUCCUGAGAAAACUGCAAGUGAUCUGUGUGUGUGUUUAUAUGUGAUGGGGGCUGAGGGAUAGCAGGAGUGUGAGUCUGUGGAGAUGAGUGAGUGUGUGCGUGUGUGUGUAUAGGAAAGCAUACAACACCCCACAUGUGGUCUCCCAACUGCCUAUUUUGGAAGGGGAGUUAGGCACCUGCACAGCCCUUUUUGGCUCUGGCUGAAUUGCCACCCUUCCCAGUUGCCCCACUUGCCUCUGCAUGCAUGCCAUGAUCCCGUGCUUGCUCUUUGGGUACACCUCUGGUUUAGGUCAAAAGUGUCUGCCUGGCAGCUGUUUGGACAGCUCUUCAAUCUGUCUGUGAGUAAGUCAGUAUUAUUAUAAUUAUUAUUACUGGGAAGACUUUGGAAGCAGAUAGAAGGGAGCCUCUCCCAAUCUGAAAAAGGUGCUUGCUUCUCUGUUUACGGUUAAGGCCUGUGCUGUACCCACAACAAGCAAAAUAAAAAGCAAAAACUCUG